AGCUGCUGCCUUCAGGUCAGACUCGUUCCACAACUGUGCAUUGGAUGCAGCACCAAGGCCUCCAAUGUCAGCCCAGACGAACGUGUAGUCAGAAUCCACCAGAGCUAGCAGGACAACGGAGAAGGCCUGAGCCGUAUGAAGAGGAAUCACAUCCACAUGGCUAUGGGAGAACCAGGCGAUAAUUGCGUCACCAGUGGUAUGCGGUCCUCGUGUGAAGUCACCAUCAGAAUUGAUCUCAAGAAAGCCAUGGAGGAUGGCAUCAAGUUUUUUGUUUCUGCCAACAACGUGAUCCUCUCCCCAGGCAAUGAGGAUGGACUCAUCCCACCAAAGUACUUCGAGUUAGUAAUGGACCGUAAGAAAGGAGCAAGGAUUGCUGUUGACCUGCCCAUUGCAAAGCAGGCUGAUGAUCAGACAGAAAAGAAGAAAAAAGAGAAGAAGAAGGACAAGAAGGGAAAAGAAGAAAAAUCUGAUGAUGAACAAACACCUAACACCUGGGAAGAUCAGGCCAAAAAUGGGGCAAAGAUUACAAUCCACUCGCCAACUGAAAAGGAGAAUGAUAAGAAGAAAGAAAACAAGAAGAGGGAGGACAAGAAGGAGAAAGAAGAUGAGCCAUUGCCUGAAAAUUGGGAAGAGGAGGACAAAAAUGCUGGUCUUCACCUUCUUUCAAACAUGCCAGUUGCGUCCGCUGUGGGAUCAGUGCAAUCAACGGAGCAGUCAAGUGAUUGUUCGAAUAAGAGGCCAGUAAAGGUAGACGAGAAGUUCUCUACCAAAUCAGAAGAACUUCAGUACUGGCAGAUACAAUAUUUCAAGGGGAAGGUGGAGAAACAGGAACGGGAGAAGCAGCUACUCGAUUUAAAGAUACGCAUGUUACUGGCAAAGGAAAAGAGACACGGAACAGAAAACAAUCCGAUUGGUCCUCAACCGGAACCAUCAACAACUAAGAAGACAUGAGCCCCAGACGAGAAACGAACUGAAACAUCCAAGGGGAAGGGCCUUCAGGCAUAAUAUUUUUGCGGAUUGGGAGCAUGUGAUCAUUUCAAGGUAAAUGUCGCCUUAUACAAGGGCAGCUUGGAACAGAGCAUCACCUUCGACGGCACAAACAGAACCAUCAGCAACUGAUUCACUCCGAACAGGAUCCACAUGAGGCGGUCUUCAGACAUAUAGCAACCUUUUAUUUGUCACUAUUGAAGGGUAAUUAAUUGUAUAUAUGCAUUAUACACACAUCAUUAAUAUGUGUUUGAACAUUUUCUUUAGUGCAUAGUCUUUACAUCAAAUUUUAUUAUCAUCGAUAACCUAUGCAGCCAAAAGUCUAAUUAUGAUUUAACACUGCCAAGAAUUAAACGCAUUUUAAACCAAUAAAGGACCCGUUCAUAGUUUGCCAAAUGGCCAAUUCUGCAUAUUUUGCACACUGCUUGCCAAAAAGGAAGAUGUAAUACAAUUAAUAAGUAUGAUUGACAAAGUGACUUUAAAAUUGAGUUUAGAUGUGUUUGGUUCAAGUUUAUCAUAUCAUUCUUCAGUAUUGUUUUAAUUGCAAAUUCAUAACCAAAUGAGUUUAGGUAAGGAAUUUCACGAUUGAUAUGGUCCGUUUUAGACUAUUACUGAAAACACAGAUGCAGAACAUUUCGUCUAUCUAUCAUCUAAUAUUGAUACCACAGACUAAACAUUGUUUUAAUUAUCAAAAAAAUAUAUGACAACUCAAUAAAAUAUUAAAAUAAUGAAGCAGUUUUAGUUAUUCGCGUAUCCUGAAACGAAUAUGUGAAGAUUUUUUUUAAUAUAGGUAUAUUGUUAAUGUUAAUGUUAUAUAGU